CCCCCCAAAGCCGCGCGCGGCGGCGGCGGCGGGCGGCGGCGCGAUGAUGAGGAUGAUGAAUACAUUGCAAAGUUUUUUUGGCCCCGGCGAGGGGUGUCAGAUUGAGCGCUGUGUGCGCAUGUGCGAAGGUGUCCAAACUGACAAUGCUGGGGAGAUGAAGAUCGUGUGUAGCUGCUUCUGGACUCCAGGAGGAGGAGGUUCCGCGCGCCGACACCAUGCGAUCCAAGGCGAGAGCGAGGAAGCUGGCCAAAAGUGACGGCGACCUCGCGGGGGACAUGUACGAGCGCGACGCGGAGCUGCUGGCCGGCGAGAGCGCGGAGGACGAGGCGGAGGACGGCCCCAUGUCCCCGGCGCCGCUGGGCCCGCCGUCGCCCUUCACCCCCAAGGAGGGCUCCCCGUACGCCGCCCCGGUCUACAUCCCCGAGGACAUCCCCGUCCCGCCCGACUUCGAGCUGCGCGAGUCCUCCGUGCCGGGGGCCGGCCUGGGCGUCUGGGCCCGGAAGAGGCUGGACACGGGCCAGCGGCUGGGGCCCUUCGCGCUGGCAGCACCGCGGCCGGUGCUCCGGGACGCCGACUUCGGAUGGGAGCACGUGCUGGCCGAUGCCGAGGAGACGCCGCAGGACAGUCGCGCCGGGAAGAUCUCCGAAGACCUGGGCAGUGACAAGUUUGGCGCGGACAUCGGAGCGGCCGGGGCAGGCAGCUGGCUCAAGUACAUCCGGGUGGCAUGCUCCUGCAGCGACCAGAACCUCAGCCUCUGCCAGGUCAACGAGCAGGUCUACUACAAAGUCAUCAAGGACAUCCGGCCGGGGGAGGAGCUGCUGGUGCACGUGAAGGACGCGGCCUGCGCGCUGGGCACGGUGCCCCCCAGUCCGGAUGAGGCCCCCACCUUCCGCUGCGGUGCCUGUGACGAGCUCUUCCCGGCCAAGCUGGACCUGCGGCGACACCAGAAGUUCUCGUGUGGCUCGGCGGGCUCCGCCCUCUUCCCGGGCCUGGGGCCCCGGCUGCAGCCGGACAGGCUGGUGGGCGGCCCCGACGCGCAGGCCCACGAGUGCAAGGACUGCGAGCGCCUGUUCCCCACCAAGUACAGCCUGGAGCAGCACCUGGUGGUGCACACGGAGGAGCGAGAGUACAAGUGUGACCAGUGUCCCAAGGCCUUCAACUGGAAGUCCAACCUCAUCCGCCACCAGAUGUCCCAUGACAGCGGCAAACGCUUCGAGUGUGAGAACUGCGUGAAGGUCUUCACAGACCCCAGCAACCUGCAGCGGCACAUCCGGUCCCAGCACGUGGGCGCCCGGGCACACGCCUGCCCCGACUGCGGCAAGACGUUCGCCACGUCGUCGGGCCUCAAGCAGCACAAGCACAUCCACAGCACAGUGAAGCCGUUCAUAUGUGAAGUCUGCCACAAGUCCUACACGCAGUUCUCCAACCUGUGCCGGCACAAGCGCAUGCACGCGGACUGCCGCACGCAGAUCAAGUGCAAGGACUGCGGGCAGAUGUUCAGUACUACCUCCUCCCUCAACAAGCACCGGCGCUUCUGCGAGGGCAAGAACCAUUACGCGCCCGGGGGCCUCUUCGCCCCGGGGCUGCCCCUGACCCCCAGCCCCCUGCUGGACAAGGCCAAGCCGCCGCCCAGCCUCAACCACACGAGCCUCAGCUUCGGCGAGUACUUCCCCUCCAGGCCGCACCCCGGCGGCCUGCCCUUCUCCACGGCGCCGCCCGCCUUCCCCGCGCUCACGCCCGGCUACCCCGGCAUCUUCCCCCCGUCCCUGUACCCCCGGCCCCCGCUGCUGCCCCCGACGCCCCUGCUCAAAAGCCCCCUCAACCACACGCAGGACGCCAAGCUGCCCAGCCCGCUGGGGAACCCGGCCCUGCCCCUGGUCUCGGCCGUGGGCCACGGCGGCGCGGGCGGCGCGGGGGCUGCGGGGCCCGAGGACAAGUUUGAGGGGGCCCUGGAGGACACAUACGCCGAGAAGCUCCCGGCGCGCGGCAGCGACGUCUCCGACGGCAGCGACUUCGAGGACCUCAACACCACGACCGGGACCGACCUGGACACCACCACGGGGUCAGGCUCGGACCUGGACAGCGACGCCGACAGUGACCGGGACCGGGCCAAGGGCCAGAGCAGGGCGGCCGAGGGCAAGGCGGAGCUGGGGGGCGGCGCGGCGCCCCCCGGAGCAGCCGGCAGCGCCGGGGACCUGCCCGUGUUCUACUCCCAGCACGCCGCCUUCUUCCCGCCGCCCGACGAGCAGCUGCUGGGCACGGCGGGCGCAGCCGGCGACUCCAUCAAGGCCAUCGCGUCCAUCGCCGAGAAGUACUUCGGGCCGGGCUUCAUGGGCAUGCAGGAGAAGAAGCUGGGCGCGCUGCCCUACCCCGCCGUCUUCCCCUUCCAGCUGCUGCCCGGCUUCGCCCCCGGCCUGUGCCCCUUCUCCGACCGAGCCCUCGCCCACAACCUGCUGGUCAAGGCCGAGCCCAAGUCUCCCCGGGACGUGCUCAAGGCGGGCGGCCCCGGCGGCGAGUCCCCGUUCGACCUCACCACCAAGCCCAAAGACGCCAAGCCCGCCCCGCCCGCCCCGCCAGGCCCCGCCGCCCCCGAGGAGCAGCCGCUGGACCUGAGCGUGGGCAGCCGCGCGCGCGCCAGCCAGGAUGGAGCCGCCCGCGCGCCCCGCAAGAACCACGUGUACGGGGAGCGCCGGCCAGGGGCGGGCGAGGGGCUGCCCCCCGUGUGCCUGGGCCAGCUGCCCGCCCAGCCCUCCCUGCACUACGCCAAGCCGUCGCCCUUCUUCAUGGACCCCAUUUACAGGGUGGAGAAGCGCAAGGUGGCCGACCCCGUGGGCGUCCUCAAGGAGAAGUACCUGCGGCCCGCCUCCCUCCUCUUCCACCCCCAGAUGUCGGCCAUCGAGACCAUGACGGAGAAGCUGGACUCCGCCGGCGCGCUGCAGCCCCUGCCCCACCAUCCCUUCAACUUCCGCUCCCCGCCGCCCACGCUCUCGGACCCCAUCCUCAGGAAGGGCAAGGAGCGCUACACGUGCAGGUACUGUGGCAAGAUCUUCCCCCGGUCAGCAAACCUCACGAGACACCUGCGGACGCACACUGGGGAGCAGCCCUACAGGUGCAAGUACUGCGACCGCUCCUUCAGCAUCUCGUCCAACCUCCAGCGGCACGUCCGCAACAUCCACAACAAGGAGAAGCCCUUCAAGUGCCACCUGUGCAACCGCUGCUUCGGCCAGCAGACCAACCUGGACCGCCACCUGAAGAAGCACGAGCACGAGCACGCGCCAGUGAGCCAGCACGCCGGCGUCCUCGCCAACCACCUGGGCACCGGCGCCUCCUCCCCCACAUCCGAGUCUGACAGCCACGCGCUGCUGGACGAGAAGGAGGACGCGUACUUCUCCGAGAUCCGCAACUUCAUCGCCAACAGUGAGAUGGGCCAGGCGUCAGCGCGGGCAGACUCCCGGCCAGAGGGGCAGGACCUCGACAGUGCCCCCCAGUGCCCAGGCCUGGCAGAGGGGAAGCCCGACGACGUGGAGGAAGAGGAGGAGGAAGAGCUGGAGGAGGAGGACGAGGACAGCCUGGCGGGCAAGUCCCAGGAGGACGCGGUGUCCCCCACCCCCGAGCCCCAGGGUGCCUACGAGGAGGAUGAGGAUGACGAGCCUCCCGCCACCCUGGCCGUCGGCUUCGAGCACACCCGCAGGUGUCCUGGACAGCCAGCGGGCGGCCUGUUAGCUUUGGAGCCGACGCCGACUUUUGGGAAGGGGCUGGACCUCCGCAGAGCCGCUGAGGAAGCCUUUGAAGUUAAAGAUGUGCUUAAUUCCACCCUAGAUUCUGAGGCCCUAAAACAGACCCUGUACAGGCAGGCUAAGAAGCAGGCGUACACAAUGAUGCUCUCCCUCUCCGAGGACGCGCCCCUGCACGCCUCCUCCCCCAGCCCUCUGGACACUUGGCUGAACAUCACGGGAGCCGCACCCGAGUCUGGCGCCUUCGACCCUAUGAACCAUCUCUGAGGGGCCGGCUGUGGCCGGGGGCAGAGGCCAGAGGACCAGGCCCCCGCACGCUCCCGCAGAAACCCCGCUCGCAGGAGGAGGCUCAGCGAGACAGGCGGCCCUUUCUCCGAAACCCUCCACCCGCCGCACCUUCGCAGUGUCCAGUCCCCACGGAAACAACUCCGGCUCCAGGCACCGCCCGGGCACCAGCCCCAAGGAGCCGCGCGGAACAUGGACUCGCACCCAGAACUGGGCCAGGGCGCUCGGCUCUGCAGAAGGCGGCCGCCCCUGGGAUUUUUAUACGGAAAACGGCGAGAAGGACCCUUUUGGUAAUCUUAUUGCCGACAGAAUCUAUUUAAGCAUGUGGUUUUAAAGAUAGACAGUAUUUUUUAAAAACAAACAAAAAAUCAGCAGAUAACUUGCAAAUUGUUUUUUUAAAGUAAUUUUGCAUCGCUUCAAAAGCUCAGUUGGUCCGUGCGCCCGUGCCCGCCAGGAACGUCCUUUUUACGGUGGCUGUGGCAGACGUUUUCUAGCCCUCACCCAUUUGCGAGGCCCAGGCGAGCCGUCCUGGGAGCAGCUGACCAAGCGGGAACUUUCUAGAAGACGUCCAGCUCCACGUGGUGGGACCGUGACUCGGGGGACACCUCCCGGCCGGGGGCGGUCAGGGCCAUGGCCCAGGUUCGUGGCGUCCCUCCUCCCGACGGCGACCACGGCUCGGCAGAUGCACCGGCAGAGGGCAGGGCACCCAGGCUGGCGGCCUCUCGGCCCCGAGCUGGACACGCGCUGGACAGCUGCACGUGGGCCCGAGGCCACCUCUCAGCGGCCAUCGGGGGCUUUAAGUUAUUCCCGAGGGGCCACUCCCCAGUGACACUUUCCCUGAUGGAAUUGACCUUAAUCUGUAUAUAACUUGUAAUUUUUCUAAUUCAUUUCUUUUUCUUAUUUUAUUUCCUCCUUAACAGUAUUUUUGGCAUUAGACAUUCUUAUUGUGAAGAUACAAUGUUAAUAUAAGUACCUAGCGAAGGACCAAAACCGUGUAAUAAGGUGUGUCGAGUGCUUGAUGCCAGGGGCCGCGGCAGCUUCUAAUGUGCCAAAUUUCCCCCGCGCCCCGCCCCACGGACCCCGCUGCCCUUCUCCAGACAAUCAUGUUUUUGUUCACUCUGAAUUUCAGUCGCAUUUGAGACAAGUGUUCUAUUUAUUUGCUGUUUGGAAGACAGAGAGCCCUCGCGUCCCCACGAGAAGCCGCCCCGCUCCCAGCUCUGAACCAGAAGCACGCAGGGCGGAGGCGGUGGCUGGGAUGUCCCGGCCGUGUCCAGGGCACGCGGGACGGACGAUAGCGGUUCAGCUCGGGCUGGCCACUGAGCUCAGAAGCUCCGCGCUGUCCUGUCCGAGCCUGCUGGGCCGCGGGGCGGGGCCGCGGCUACUGCCCAACUGACCGCAUGUGACGUCCACCUACAGCCGCCCCAGCCCCUGGCCCCAGGCGUCCCCAGGGGGUGCCUGGCUCCCUUCGGCUGGUGGGACCCAGACCCCAGCGCCCCCUCCCUGCCCGAGGCCUGUCCCAGCAGCGCCGAGAGGGCGGCAUCCAGCUCUGUCCCCCGCACCCGCGGCCCCUCCAAGGGGACCAGCCCCUCCAACCCAGGGUCCCUGCUGCACAGCUGUUUGUCCUCCUGAAAUGGAUUCUAGCAAGCCGUACUUCCAGAAUGUUCUGUCCCUCGGCCUUGUAACACUCGGCAGAUGCCGGCGCCUCUCCGGGCCCCCACGGGGGGCCACCGCCUCCAGGCGCAGAGCCCGGGCCUGGCCUGUCCCCGCCACAAGCCCUCCAGCUCCAGCCAGGGCAGCUGCCACUGACCCGGGGGGCGCGGGGACUGGCACGUGGCCUGGGCAGCCGCAAACGAGGGGCCACUUUGGAAACGUGGGCGACCCUCUGCCCAGACGCCCCCGCGGGGCCCGUUUGAUCAAACGAUCAAACCCGAUCAAACCCAGGGACCCUGGGGGGCGUCACCUCCCUGAGCCUGUCCCAGCCCCCGGGCCGCCCGGCUGCCCACCCUGGGGAGGGGGCCCCUUCCCCUCCCCGCUGCCCCCCCACAUGUCACACACGUGUGCUCGAGGCCUCAAAGCACCGGAUAUGGCGCCCCCGCCCCCCCACCUGCCGAGCUGUGUCCGCUGUGCACUCCUGGGGGCAGGACACCUGCCCAGAGCCAGCGGGCGCCGGGGGCACCUGCCGCAGUGGCCGCCCGGCCCGCCUGCCUCCCGAGUGCGUUUGAACACUUGUGCAAACACCCGAACCCAAAGCUGGAGCCUCCAAACCUGCGGUCGCGGCCGGGCAUGGCGCCUCCUCGUUCCCAGGGCCCCGAGCCGCCCCCCAGAGCUGGGCGCCCUGCACGCCCCGCCCCUCGCGGCCACUCCGAGCUCCGUGUCCCCCGGGGUGUUGCUGUCCCUUCAGAACUGUGGCGUGUGGACAGAGAAGCCGCUGUGAGUGUCCGUCCCCGCGCCAUGCGUCCGGCCCGGCCGCCGAGCUCCGCCUGUAAAUCACUCCCGUCCCACGUAGACUGUGCAUGGCGUGUUAGCACCCUAUCGUGUCUGUGUGUGCCGUUUUGAUGCCAGGAGAAUUCGUAGAUGCAUCCACUGAUCGUGGUUAGGGCCGAGCCACUCCUCAGCCGGGGGACGGAGGAGAGCGGCCGCGCCCCCGCCGGCGAGAGAGGUCCCAGACCUCCCCUCCACGCCGUGAUGCCGGCAGGUGGACUCUGUGGAGGAGUCUGGGGGUGAGCGAGGAGCCGCGGGCCGGGUCAGUGCUGUAGAAUAGGACUGUAUGCCAAAUGUAACCGCUCCGAUGCUACAUGACUUUA